AUGGUGUGUGAGUUGGUAGGCGUGGUGGAGAAUGCAGACAGUAUGACUAUCGAUGUUCCCAGUGAAAUUGGCCAGGUGGUGUUUUGUGAAUGCAAGCGUGACGUUCCGGCAUGGGCGCUUAAACGAGGUCCAGCCAAUCUCAGCGACGUGCGGGUGGCAGAUGCGACGAAGAGGGAUGCAGCAGGCCGCUCAGUACUGUCGGUAGAGGGCGGAGAGGGGGGACGGAUAGACAUGUCGAACAGCUGGACGGGUAGCGACGAAAACCACGAUGAGCCACCUGAGCCGGUUGGGGUUGCGACAUCAUCGCCACCCAAGGGCCGUCCUCGAUGGUCGCCGUCGUCGGGAUUCGGUAGUGCGACGUGCCGCCGUAGGUAG